UGUAUACAAUAUGGCGGCAAACAGAAUUAUGACUAGAUAAAUUACAGACAAAAAAGUUCAUUUUUAGACUGUAUAAUUUAAGGGGAAGUGUUCUCAAGGGCCAGAGGACAUACAAGCAUGCCGAGCUUACCUCCAUUGGAUGAUGAUGGUCAAGGAGGAAAGUUUAAACCAAAGAACAGGAAGAAAGUGGAUCAGCAUGACUUGAAAAAAAUGGCUCCACAACAAAGAAGCAGAUACUUGGCGUAUGAAGAUCCCCCAAAAGAAGUGUCAGAUGCCAUGGGAGCUACAAAGAAAAGGCUGCUAGAGAAAAGAAGAAUGAUCAUGAGGGCCAAUCAAGAUUUGCCGGAAGAAGAAUAUGACGAAAGAGAUAAACAUGCAAAGCUCAUUGGACAACUAAAAGCUGCAGAGGCAAGAAAUAGGUUAAGGAUCAUGAGAUUAAGAUAUCAAGCAAAUCGGGCACAAGAAAUAAGCCAUUUGAUUGCCUGUCAACCUACAGCUCUAAAGGCAGUGCGUCUCCAGGCUUUAGUACCAGCGUACCCAGAAAGAGAGGAAAGAAAAGAUCGCCUGGAUAAACUUGAGAGGGUAAGGGUGGAGCGACUAUUGGAAGAUACUCAAGGCCUUCUGACCAAUAGAAUUCACUGAUCCAUCACACGAAAAAAUGUUAACUUAACACAGUCGGCCAUCUUAAUGUUACAGUACUGUUUUGUAAUAGACUCAGUUUUAACAGUGUUUAUUUCUCAUGCAAGACCAUAAUUUCUAGUCAGGGUUUUUUCAAAUGAAAUGGUUUGAAUUUUAGAAAAUUUACUGAACACUGUCAGACCAAACCCAAGGCCUCUUGCCUAGAUUUUACAGCUGUUAUUUUAGCAGUUGUACACUUAAAUAUUUUACAUUCAACUUUUAAAAUACUUUUAUUCUUUGUGGUAUCUUUGGUUAAGUUUUGAUAAAGGUUGAAGAGAGCUUUCUUUUUUUUUUUUAAUUAAAUUUUAAGAAUUUGUAUAAAUUUGUACAAUUAUUGUGAAAAUUAUACUUGUGCAUUGUAUGCAAAGAGCUUUUGCAGUGUAUACCAAAAAGCUAGCUGUCUUUCAAAAAUAUUUCCAUAAAAUUCUUUUUUUAAUAAAAUGUUUUCUAAAAAUUAUUAGUGGGCAUGCACAAAAUUCUAAUCAUUUAACAAUUAUAUUGUCCAUGUUGUCAAAUGCAUUCCAAAAGGUUGCAAUAUUUUAUCUAUAUUUAUAGGGCUUGUGCAACUGCAGGCCAGAUGUGCAGAUAGAUAAAGCUUGUGUAUAAACAUGUAUAUAGAAAAUAGGACAAUUGCAUGUAUGCAAACCAUGGUUUUAUAUAUUCAAGCGAAAAAUUACAUCAAAUGUACGGGUACUACUGUACAUGUACAUGAUGUUAUAGCCUUUUAUUGGCAUGUAGACAUUAUAAAUAUCAAACAUAUAGAUUCUGGUACAUUGUCAUGUAUUAGCUAUACAUAGAUACAAUACAUGCAAUGUACCACUACUUUUUAGCCCCACAUCAUAUUCAUCAAGAAAAAUAAAUGUUCAAUUUUUUAACCUAGUGCUCAAUUCAUGUUUGCAAUCAUGUUAAAAUACUGUAUAUGACAGCAGUAUUGAUUGAUGAUUUACUAUGUGUCUUCAUAAUGUCUGUGAUUAUAUUUUGUUUUAUGAAUGCCUUGGUUCUUAUAGGUAUACCAGCAUUUAUAUCUAAAUGUAUUUUUCACUUUUUGUAUUGUUUGAUAAAAUUAUUGUAUUUUGUGAGUGUUCUGUGCUUGUAAUUGUAUCAGAAUAUGUAUUAAAUAAACAUUUUUCACUUGUCAAA